UCUUUGCGAAAAUGUGAUUUUUUUCCCUUGUAAUCCUUUAUUUGUUGUAUAUGCUACAUAGAAUCCUGUAAACCGAUGUAAAAUAAAAAAUUAUCUUUUUUCCCUUCAAAUCUCUUUCAAAAACUCAAUUUACUUCGUUCAAUAUUUCUUUGAAGUGAGAAGUCGUGAUCGUAACGUGAUCACGCGCUUUGCUUUUCCUUCCGAUACAAUAGUAAAUCUUAUCUCAACGAAAACGCGCAUGCCGAUAACGCGGAUUCACACCAGAUGUGACGAGCUGACGGGAUGACGGACUUUGAACAUUGAUUUCGCGAUAGCUGUUCGGUCGACAGGACGGACGGAAAGAAGCGAAGAUCAUUAGUCGUGCGCGUUUAAACGGGCGGAACGCGUGCCAAAAGAACGAAGCGAGCGUGCGUCCCGAGUGAAGUUCUCGCUGUCGCGACGUGACGCGACGCGACGCGCCGGCGCCGUAGGCGCUCAGCCUAUUCGCACGGCGUGCGCGGAUAAAGGCGCGCGUAGAAUCGAACGAAUGCGAAGUUGUCCGCCAGUUGAUCGGGCGAAAGGAAAGCGCGCGGAGGAGAUGUGAAACGCGCUCGCGCGUGGCGAAAACUCGACGCGGAGACUGCCAGCGAGAAAGGCGCGACAACAGGCCGAUCCCACGCGACGAAGCGACGAUGAGAUCCGCGAAAGGAAUGUAUGAUACGCAACGAGCGCACGACGCGCAACAAGUCAACAGGUCGCUUUACCUGCUGUUUGAAGACAUAACGUAUAGCGUGCGGAAGGGAAUCUUAACAAAGGAGAGAACAAAAUUGCUGAGCGAUCUUAAUGGUGACUUUCGACCGGGCGAACUUACAGCUAUUAUGGGUCUUUCGGGUUCUGGAAAAUCUACAUUAAUGGACAUCCUAGCUGGUUUCACGACAACCUCGGUUAGUGGCAGAAUUAUGGUGAAUGGGCGUCAGCGAAAUAUGUCAGAAUUUCGUAAACUAUCCGCUUACAUAAUGCAGGACGAUAAAUUGCAGCCACUUUUAACGGUGCAAGAAGCGAUGCUUAUUGCUGCUGAUCUCAAACUCGGAUUGGACCACUAUGAGAAAUUGCAGAAGAUCGACGAAAUAUUAGUAGCAAUGAGUCUCGACGAGUCUCGUUAUACGCUUACUGGCGAACUUAGCGGAGGCCAAAGAAAAAGACUUGCCAUAGCACUUGAACUAAUUAAUAAUCCACCAGUCAUGUUUUUUGAUGAACCUACAAGCGGUCUAGAUAGCGUUACUUCAAAACAAUGCUUAGCACUUUUGAAGCAAUUAGCGCAAGAAGGACGAACUAUAAUCUGCACGAUUCAUCAACCGAGCGCGACUCUCUUUAACAUGCUGGAUCAUCUUUAUGUAAUUGCUGACGGUAAUUGCGUUUAUACGGGCAGCACGUAUAAUUUGGUGCCAUAUCUAAGUAGUAUAGGAUUGCACUGUCCGACGCAUUAUUAUCCCGUUGACUUCUUGAUGGAGAUAUGCAAUGGCGAUUAUGGUCCCCAUGUAUCCAAAUUGGUGGAAUCGAUCGAAAAUGGCAGAUGUGAUAUAUGGAGAUCGAAGAAAGACUUUCAUUUAAAAAGCAAUGACAUUAUUAAUUUGGAACAACUCGGUCCUAAGAGACUGUAUUCCUACGAAAUAGAAUUUAAGCAUACCCCAUAUUAUACUGCCAAUUCUUGGAGACAAUUUUGCAUUCUUGUCAAAAGAAAUGCAAUUAAAUUAUUUCGCAAUAAAGUCUUAACGCUCUCACGGAUCUCAAUGCACUUUGCGAUCGCUCUGAUUAUUGGCAUUUUAUAUUUCAGAAUUGGUCAAGAUGCCGCUUUCGUUUUAGAUAAUUUUAAUUUGUCAUAUUUCAACAUAAUGUUUCUUAUGUACAGUGCGUUUAGUCCUACAAUGCUUAUGUUUCCUUUGGAGUUACCGAUAAUCGUACGUGAACAUUUUAAUCGUUGGUACAAACUACGAUCGUAUUAUUUAGCGAAUAAAUUGACUGAUUUUCUGCUUCAACUUAUUAUCACAUCUAUUUAUUCCAUCAUAGUAUAUUAUAUGAGCGAUCAGAUUAAUGAAAGUAGAAGGCUUGGAUUAUACAUGCUUAUGUGCUUCCUCGUUAGUCUAGUUGCCCAAACGGCUGGUCUCAUCGUAGGGUCUGGAUUAAAAGUCCAGAAUAGUGCAAUUUUUGGACCGUUUACAAUGAUGUUUUUCAUUAUGUUUAGUGGUUUCUUUGUGCACGCCAAAGACGUGCAUCCGUACUUAAAUUGGUUGUUUCACCUAUCGUUUCUCAAAUAUGCUUUUGAAGGAGUAUUGAUAGCUAUUUAUGGUUACGAUCGAGCGAAAUUGAAAUGUUCGGCAGAUUAUUGCCAUUUUGCUAUUCCUGAAAAGUUCCUCAUCGAAUUUGAUAUGAAGCAUGUAAAUUACUGGCACAAUAUGACAGUAUUGAUAUUAUUUUCUAUUACCUUGGAUAUCGUGGCAUAUAUUAUAUUAAAUAUAAGAAUCAAGAAACAUACAUGAUACACAGGAUGAUAUAUUUUGGGAUAAAACUUCGUAUAAGUUUUACAAUUAUAUACGGCAGGCGGGUAAAUAAAAUCUCAACGGGUCCAUUUGUUAAGAUUGACUGAUUUCUUGUAAUCUAUGUGAUUUAUAUCAUACUUAUAUAACACAAUUUAAUGUAAUUAUGUAAUACACAGAGAAAUAAUAAUGUUAGAUAAUUGUCUUACAAAUUGAUACAAACAAAUAAAAUACGUUCUAAAAACAA